UUGAAGAUCAGUUAACAGAACUCCACUUCCAACAAUAACGAUUUGCGUGCCAACGAUUGAAGCUGAUCUAGAGUCAGUGUUUUCUGCAGAACUAUCUUGCUGCUCCUGAACUUCACGAACAAGACAUACCAGAGGCGUGAAACAUUGAAACAUGUGCGAUGGCGAGGUGCGGGUGGUCCCCCUGCACCGGAGAGCGGACCUGGUGGAGGCCUGCGCGGACCUCGUCAACACAGAGUGGCAGCGGAGCCGCGGGGCAAGGAUCCACGGCCUGCAGAAGUCCUGCCAGGACUUCCCCGUGUGCCUGGUGCUGAUCCAGGGCUCCGGCAGUGGGGAGCAGCUCUUGGGCCAUGCCAGGCUGUCCCUGGUGGUUGGCCACAGCAGAAGCCUUUUUGUGGAGUCGGUCGUGGUCUCCAAGGCCCAGCGGGGGAAGGGGUACGGUCGCAUCCUCAUGGAGGAGACGGAGCGCUACGCCAGGGCUAGGGGUUUUCAGAGGCUGUGCCUGACCACGCAUGACAAGCAGCACUUCUACGCACACCUGGGCUAUGUGCUGUCUCGACCCGUCCAGAACGCAGGGGCCAUGACUACCUUUGUGCCCAUGGAGGUUCUGCAAAAGUUCUCCAGGCUGCCAAACAUAGAAGGCCCAGCUGUGUCUUUAAACUGCUCUGACAAUCCCUUGGCUAAAGAUAGCCUGACGCCCGACUCCGUGACCACUGUUCCUCAUAUGGCCUCCCCAAAUACAGCUUCACCACCACCACCUCCUCCUCCUCCACCGUAUCUUCCUAAUUCUCUGCCCUUCAUUUCCUCUCCCCCUCCACCUCCACCCCCGCCCAGUCAGACUCCAACCCAGCCUAGAGUGCAGACCCUACUGGAGACGCCUUACAGGGAUGUCAAAGGGGUUCCCAUCUUCUGGAUGCACAAGGAAAUCUGAAUAUACAGCGGGCUCCAGAAUGAUUGACACCCUUGAUAAAUAUGCACAAAAAUACUGUAAACUAAAAGAUAAUACUAUUAUUGAAAUAAAAAUUAUUUUCCAACUUG